AUGUCUCUCAAGCAGGAGGCUAAAGCCUUGCGUGCCUGCAAAGGAUGUCUUUUCUUGCAGAAAGGCAGCGAUUUCAUGGCGAGAGGGUGUCCCAAUUGUGAGGAUGUACUCCAGAUGCAACAGAGCCGAGACGCCGUGGAGGACUAUACGACCACUCAAUUCGAGGGCGGCGCGGCUAUUAUCAAGCCUCCUGAGAGCUGGGUCGCGCGUUUUAUGCGUCUCGAUCGCAAGAUACCUGGGAUGUACGCGAUGAGCUGCUCCGCAAAGCUGCCAGCGGAGAAGCAGGCUCAGCUGGACGGGACCGCCUGA